CGAUACAAGUACCAACAACUAUUCAACAACAUCGAUGACACCGAUGUUAAAAAUUGAUCGAAAUUGAUCCACCUCUAGUAUUUACUAAGUUGUCGCAUAGACGUAAAUAACAAUUUGCAUCUGCCAUACAAAAGCAUUAACUUAGAUUGCACAGGGUUUUGCAUUGCAUUAAAUCUAAUUCUUCUAGAUGUUGGCCAUUUUGUGAAUAGUCUCAGUUUCAGACACUUGAAUCCUUACCUACCCAGCCUCCGUCACAGACUGGGCAUGUUUAGCUUGGAUUAAAAAUGAUAACAUUGAGUGAUUAUAAUCGCAAAACAAAUUUUUGCUGACGUGCAAAGUCAGUCGCUAUUUUGACCGAAAGAAUAUAUUAUGUUAUAGUUAUAAUAAUAUGUCUUGAUCUGAAAUAUUUCUUAAACUUACUACAAAUAUAUAGAAGUUACAUAUACGAUUUUCUUAAUUCUGUUGCAAUAAUGAGCAAUAUGAUCAACAGUGAUGAACGUCCCCUAAAUUUUGAAAAAUUUCCGGAAUCUGAUGAUGAGCUCAAAAAAAGGUUGGAAAUAGAAGAAUUUAUUCAUAAAAACCACAAGCAAAAUCUAAGAUCUGAUGUACUUGUGAAGCUAUCCCUGGCACCGUACGGAUUGGUUAAUGACCAUUUUCGAAGGAUUUUAUGGCCGCAAUUGGCAGGAGUCGACGUAAACCGCUUAGGACAAGCCCCAACACUCGAUAAGUUGCAAUACCACCCAGAAUACAAUCAGGUGGUGUUGGAUGUUAAUCGUUCUUUAAAACGAUUUCCACCAGGAAUUCCUUACGAGCAACGAAUUGCACUGCAGGACCAACUUACUGUUCUGAUUUUACGAGUAAUUCAAAAGUAUCCUAACUUGAGGUAUUAUCAAGGCUAUCAUGAUGUGGCUGUAACAUUUUUGUUAGUGGUUGGCGAAGAAACCGCUUUUGCAAUAAUGGAGCAGCUCUCUAAGACACAUUUUUCGGAAUGUAUGCAGGAGACUAUGGAGGCCACGCAAAGGCGACUUAUGUUCAUGUGGCCUAUCAUUAAGUUUGAAAACCCAGAACUUUUUAAGUUCUUGCAAAGCUCGACUGUAGGAACUUUGUUUUCUUUACCGUGGUAUUUGACUUGGUUCGGACAUAGUUUAACGUCUUAUAAAGCCGUAGUCCGCUUAUAUGACUAUUUCCUUGCAUCGCCUAUUUAUACAUCUAUUUUUGUAACAGCAGCGAUUUUACUUUAUCGUUCAGACGAAAUUCUAAAGGAGGACUGUGAUAUGGCAUCAGUGCAUUGUCUCUUAUCAGUGAUACCAGAAGAUUUACCAUUUGAGGACAUUUUAAAAACCUCCAGUUCGCUUUUAAAUAAGUAUAGCUUAACAGUUAUUGAGAAAGAAGUUGAAGAGCUUAUUUGUCAAGAAAGGAUGCAAAGGAAACCCGACGAAGCUUUGAUAGUAAAAAGACGUCGACCGGCCACAUCGAAUAGAAUUCCUAUUAUAAGCCAAUGGCUUCCAAAUAUGUUAACUACAAAUUCGGUAAUAUUGACGACAGCUAUUUCUAUUGUAGUUGGUGUAUGCGCCUAUUAUUACAAGAAUCACUAUUUAGCGGCAGGUAUAAGCUAAGUAUAAAAAUAUUGUCAUUGAAAUUUGUUCUUUAUAUCGCGAUUUAAUCACAUUCUCCCGAAAUUCUGUUUUGCUAAAUACCUUUCUUAAAACAUUGUACAAUUUUACUGUCACCUAAUAUUUAAACAUUAAAGAUAUAUAACAUUUGAA